CGUUUGAAGAGGUUUGGAGUUGAGGCACCGGUUUUUGAGUUCUUUGCGCGAAAUAUUAGAAAAGGGGAUGGAAUCCAUUCCGGCAAUCGUAGUGAAACCAGCGGCUGCGUCCAUGCCUGUCGGAUCGAAGCUAAGUGGCGGCCCGGACGACGGCAGCAAGCACAAGGGCCGGCACCGUAAGAAACAAAAAUACAAUGCCAUCCGGUCGCAGAUGGAGUUCUACUUUUCCGACGCCAACCUGACCAAGGACCGGUACCUGGGGCAGCGAAUCAAGGACGAUCCAUUCAUACCUCUGGAGGAGUUUCUCAAGUUCAACCGGAUAAAGCCACUGGCCGACUGCGUCGAAGACAUUGCCAUCGCGUUGAAGAACUCCGAGAUACUUUUGCUUUCGGAUGAUCGCAGCAAAGUGCGCCGUGUGACCGAGCCGACCGAACGUAGCAACUGCGAGCAGUGCACAAUCUAUGUGGAAUGCCUUCCCCCAAAAGCGGACCACGACUGGGUGCGGAACGUGUUCUCGGCCUACGGGAAGGUGGCCUACGUAUCGCUGCCAAAGUUCAAAUACUCGAAAAAGAUCAAGGAGUUUGGAUUUGUGGAAUUCGAGGAGGAAUCGAGCGUACAGAAGGCUUUGAAGACGUUCCAAGCGUUCGGAGGAGUGUUGACUUAUGAGGAUACGGAUCCGUCCAAACUGGUCAGCAUUGCCAGUUUCGGCAAAGAAAAGGAAGAGGAAGAAAAGAAUGCGACGAAACAGGAAGUGGAGAAGCCUGCCGAUGGCGAGCAAGAGCUGAAAGAGGACGUCGAGGAAGACUUGGAGGCUCCACCGGCAAAACGCCCACGCAAGGACGACGCCGGUGAUGGUUCUGAGGUGGACGAAGGCGACAAGGAAAGCGUUGCCAGUGGUGAAUCAGGUAGUGAGAACGAUGAAGGAGCAAAUCCUGAGGAGGGAAAGAAUGUGGGCAAAGGCGAUGGGUGCGGUGAAGCGAAGAAAAAGCGACGACGGCGGAAGGGAAUCAGCGGCGUCAAAAAGGAAAUUCAACAGGACGACAAAGUCUAUGAGCUGAAAAUAAUGACUAAGCAAGAAUGGCGAAGACUUCGCAACAAGUAUCUCAACCUCCAGAGAGCAGAAGCCAAGAAAUUGAAGAAGCUUUUCAGUAACUCCCGCAAAAGCAGCAAGCCCAACCAAACUCGUAUUCCGAAUGCAUCCGCUCCGAGUUCGAAAACCGUUAAGUCGUCUCCGAGGGUGAACUUUUACGGUGCACUCACCGACGAGGAGGCAGCUGCCGAAGCCACCAAGCUAGAGGAACAGGAACAGCAAGCCGUCAAGCAGCCGUUGUUCUCCUUCGAACCGGGCCUGAUUGUGAACAUCAAAUUCCGGGUUCCGUGCGCCAACGUGAAGGAUUUCAAGGCGGAACUGAAGCAGUACCCUUACGUGAAGUACACCGAUCUGAAGGAGGCGGACAUGGAGGCGUUCGUGCGGGUGGACAAACCCAGCUCGGCCAACCAGCUGGUCAAGGAGUACAACUCGGCGGAGUACGGUGCCCAGAUCUUGAGCGGAGAAACGGAGAAAUCCUACUGGGACAAAAUCAAACGGGACCGAGAGGACAAGCUCAACAAAAAGGUGAAGGUGGAGAAAAAGCUGAGAGGCCGAACCAAGCUGAUGAGGAAAGUGAAUACACACAUUAAGUUCGACGAGGAUGAAUGAGA